AUGUUGAUACAUGUUCAGAAGUAUUUACCAUUGGCAUUAUCAUUCGUAUUCUUUUUGGUUACAUUGUACAUUAAUUCAUUGGUGCAAGUUAUUGCCGAUCGUCAUUCGCCGAAUCAACUACCACCAUUGCCCGAUAUCGGUCAUAAAAUACUUCCUUAUUGGACCUAUUUUCCGAUCAACAAUUAUAUUUUGUUCAUUAUCUUUAUAUCUGUUAUUGUUCGUUAUAUAUUUCAAUCGAACAUUCGACUGAUUGUGUUUCGUCGAUGGUUUUUUAUUCAAGGUUUAAUGUUUUGUAUGAGAUCUAUAUCCAUUUAUAUCACUGCUUUAAGUAUUCCAUUACCCGGCUGUAACACGACGGCACUCGGUUCACCAGAAGUGGAAGCAUUUUAUAUCAUGAUAACAGUCCAUUCCACAUGCGGCGAUGUCAUGUUCAGUGGACACACAGUAACAAUUACCAUCUGUGCACUGUGUUGGACGAAUUAUUCAAAAGGUGAAGAGUAUUUACCAUUCAUAUGGUUAUAUAAAAAAUGUUUUCAUCACGGUCAAUCUGAAGCAAUACAACAGUCAAAUUUAGAUAAGAAAAAGAAAUGUUUACCACAAUGGUUUUUCUAUCCAAAGCUAGACGCAGCCGGUGAUCCAUUGACUUUGUACUUUACAUCAUAUUUAAUUUGGUUAUAUUCCAUUAUCGGUUACGUCUUGAUUAUUGCUACACGUUUUCAUUAUAGUGUCGAUGUGUUCAUAGGAUUUCUACUGACGUAUUUCACAUGGAAAUCGUAUCAGUUUUAUACUAAGACCCUGUUUGAAAGGAGGCUAAUUAUUAUAUCAAGAUUCUUCAUUUGGUUUGAGGGACUGGAACGAGACACAUCUGUAAUAUUUCGUCGAAAUGAACGACAACAGCUUGGUGUUCCAGUAAGUUUGUUAAUUGGACUCAAUAGUAAUCAACAGCAACCAUAUCAACAACGACAACCUAAUGAUAAAUCAAAAGAAGUUUACAUUCUUGUUCCAGGAGAUGAACGAGACAAUGAGUCACUCACUAUAUAG